GUCCUUCUCAUCUCUGGCUUUGUGGCCACGGCCUGCCAUUCUGCGCACGCACUGAGCUCGGACCAUUUUAUUUAUUAUUGUCAUUCUUACUCUUCUGGUUUCUUCCCAUUAUUUAGUCCCUGGACUGCUGGACUGGCAUUCAAUCGCCCGCCUGGCAUUGAUUUCUCCCGACAUCCUCGCGGAUCCCCGUAUCCCCUUUACUCCGGAGUAGUUCCCCUCCAUCCUAAUCGGAAUCAAUCUUCCAAUCCCAUCUGAAACCUCUUCGUGCUGGUGGACACCAAGCAAUGACAGAUCAAGACAAUUCUUACCGACCCCAAUCUCCCGAUUUUUCCUCCCUGCAAUCCCCCCUCGAGCCCGCCGUCACGCACCCCGUCUACCCGCUGUCCAGUCCGCUGGCUCAUCGCGCCUCCUACGACGCCUCGCCCUUCUUCACCCCGCAAUACCAUCAGCCUCACGCCCCGCUGGCCAGGAGCCCUCCCCAGGUCUUCCCCCCGUUCACCCCGACCAAUCUAGAUCCCGCCGGCAUGGCUCGUCGGUCCUCCCGCAUCGCGCGCGCCGCCGAGGUCGCCCCCGUGCCCGAGUCCCGGUACGUCGAGCCCGCGCUGUCCGAGGAGGAGCCUCCUCAGCCGCCGUCCCCUGUCGAGCCCGACGUGCCCGAAGUCCCUGAAGUCCCUGAAGUAUCGGAACUCCCUGACGCGCCCGUGGAGCCGGACGCGCCCGUCGAACCGGCCGCCCCGAUCACCAACGUCGAGGUGAAGACGAAGUUUCCCGUCGCGCGAAUCAAGCGCAUCAUGCAGGCGGACGAGGAUGUCGGGAAGGUGGCCCAAGUGACCCCAAUUGCGGUUUCGAAAGCACUCGAACUCUUCAUGAUCUCCCUCGUCACAAAAGCCGCCAAGGAAGCCAAGGAUCGCAAUUCGAAACGCGUCACCGCGUCGCAUCUCAAACAAGCCGUGGCCAAGGACGAGGUGCUGGAUUUCCUGGCCGACAUCAUCGCCAAGGUGCCGGACCAGCCCUCGGGGAGGAAGCACGACGACGACGGCAGCGACCAGAACGAGCAACCCAAACGAAAGCGUGGCGGGCGCAAGCCGAAGGACGACAGCGACUAGGCUCGGCGACGCGACACUUCCUCCGUUCUGUCUUCUGCUUCCGUUUCACGUUUUCUCUCUUCUCUCUUCUAUUUGUGAAUGAUUUUGAUGGGCGAUCUUUUAGACCGGGAUGGAGAGCGGGCGCAUACUCUCUUGGCGUUGUGGUGGUGGGCGCGGUUGGGCUUGCAUCUCGCGAUGUGCAUACCAUAGUUCUUGUGAUUUGGUUUUUAUUGGUAUUCCUAUUUCGAUUCGGG